GGCGGCCAGAUGGCUUCACUCGUCUCUCCAGCGGGGGAAUAGGCUCUGAGCUCUCCAGAUUUUAUCUAGAGCUCAGUGCUGCACUGUCAGGAAUAUUUGGCGUCUUUUUCCUGUCUGGUUGGUUAUUCAGGUCCAGACACAGCAGGAGAAAAGCCGGUUGUAUCUCCUGCUGAGCUGUAAGCGUGGUGUGCCUCAGCGCCGCUAUGGCGGAUGUUGUCACGUGUGUGUAGUCAGGUGAAGGCGUGAACAGAGCGGCGCGCGCGGGCGGAGGAAGUAAAGCUGUAAUGGAGGAAGCGGCUCCGCAAGUCCUGACAGCCGGAGUGCCGGCGCGCGAGCCCGAGCAGCGGGACAGAGAGCACAGUGAGUCCACCCAGAAAAAUGGCUCCUGUGAAGAACCAGCGCAUGUGGAUUUCAGCGAUCCAGUGUAUAAAGAGAUCUCUCUGGCUAACGGUGCCAUUAACCUCAUGAACAGAGAGGAACUGUGUGCUAAAUGUGCUGAACUCAAGCUGGACACCAGAGGCGUGAAAGACGUGCUGAAGAAGCGUCUUAAGAACUACUAUAAGAAACAGAAGCUGAAGCAGUCGGCGCUGGUUGACUCUGACGACUCGUAUUACGACUACAUCUGCGUGGUGGACUUCGAGGCUACGUGUGAAGAGAAUAAUCCACGACAGUUUGUCCACGAAAUCAUCGAGUUCCCCGUGGUGCUCAUCGACACACACACUUUGGAGAUUGUCGAUUCGUUUCAAGAAUAUGUGAAGCCCCAGUUGAACCCACAGCUCUCCGACUUCUGCGUGGAGUUAACAGGAAUAACACAGAACAUGGUGAAUGAGGCGGAGACGUUCCCUCAUGUUCUUCGCCGAGUGGUGGCCUGGCUGCAGGAGAAAGAGCUGGGCACCAAGUACAAAUACACUCUGCUCACAGAUGGGUCCUGGGAUAUGAGUAAAUUCCUUUACACGCAGUGCCGACUGAAUCGACUUCGAUAUCCUCCGUUUGCCCGAAAUUGGAUCAACAUCAGAAAGUCUUACGGAAACUAUUAUAGGGUGGAUCGAACCCAGACGAGGCUGAACUGCAUGUUGGAGAAUCUCGGCAUGCAGUACGAGGGCCGACCGCACUGCGGCCUCGACGACUCGCGCAACAUCGCCCGCGUCGCUAUCCGCAUGCUGAAGGACGGCUGUCGGCUGAGGGUGAACGAGUGUCUGCAUGAAGGCCAACUAAAGAACGUGUCCAAUACAGCAGUGUUAGAAGGAGCUCCGCCUCCUCAUUACCCCAAAAGCAGAAACUAAUUCAGGUUGUUUCCUUUUUAUGUCAGUGAGCAGGAGAGGAAAUGAGUGUGUCAGCUGACUUUCGGGACCUUUUUCUGAUCUAAUUUUUUGACCGAGCCGUGUGCUUUGUUUACUGCUGAUUUGUAACAUUAUUAAUGGCUAGACCUAAUCUCCUGUCUGUGUCUAUACUAUGUAUAUUUGCUCACAAACAUUUCACAAAGAGAUCUUUAUUUUGUAAUUUACAUCUUCAAAUUCACUCUUUGUAGCAAACAUACUAAAUUUUCGGUGGCUAUACAAGGCCCAUUAAAUAUCAAUAAAGUGCCAUUAUGGA